UUGACAGGAACUAGCUCGCGCUUCGAAGCGAAACUUGCCUAUUAGCUCCAACUUCUUUAAACGGUCCAGACAGAGCUGCUUUCUCCCAGUUUGCGUCCACGAUGUCGGGUCACGGUCACGGCCACGGGCACGGGCACGGCUGCGGGUGCGAAGGCGAGCACGAGCCCGCGGAGCGGGGCCUGGAGUACGGGCUGUACCGGCGGAUCGACCUGGAGAAGCUGCAGUGUCUGAACGAGAGCCGAGAGGGAGACGGAAAGCUGGUGUUCAAACCGUGGGACCGGCGGAACGAGAGGGACAAGUUUGUGGAGAGCGAUGCAGAUGAGGAGCUGCUGUUCAACAUCCCUUUCACCGGCAGCGUGAAGCUGAAAAGCAUCAUCAUCUCUGGAGAGGACGACGACUCGCAUCCAGCCGAGAUACGACUCUACAAGAACAUCCCUCGGAUGUCGUUUGACGACACCGGCAGGGAGCCCGAGCAGGCGUUCAGGCUCAACCAAGACCCAACGGCUGAGCUGGAGUACCCGACAAAGGUGGCCCGUUUCUCCAGCGUCAACCACCUCUCCAUCCACAUCUCCAAGAACUUUGGAGCAGAGAGCACCCGGGUGUACUACAUCGGCCUCAGGGGGGAGUAUUCAGAGGCUCACAGGCACGAGGUGACCAUCUGCAACUACGAGGCAGCCGCAAACCCCGCUGACCACCGGGUGGAGAGCAUCAUCCCACAGACCAACUUCAUCUCCUGAAGGCCUGGGGGGGCGGAGGGGAGGAGGGGGGUUUCAGUGGCGUCUGUCGGCUGUCAGAAUGUCAAAGACGACCGUCGCCGCUCGCAGGCGGCGCGGCCGAACUCCACCCGGAGCGGGCGUGAAAUCUGAGCCCAGGGCUUGCAGAGCAGUGUGAAGGCUUAAUGCUGGUGAAGCAUUCAACAAUAAAGGCGUCAAACGUUUGCCGCUGGCGUGAAGCUUGCUGCUGAAUAAAGGCAUCAUACAAAGAAAUGACCUGCUGGUGCCGAGCAAAGAAAAACUGACGAUGGUUUUGCUUCCACAUAUGAAAUGUGAAUUGACCCGAAGCCGUUUUUGAAGCUUUAAUGAAUAAAAACGUUCAAAACAACAACCAGCCUCA